AUGUCUACCACACAACGAGCAACAAGUCUUUCGCAAAGCCCCGGACCUCGGUCAAACAGGAGCAGCAACUGCUCUUCGCCGCCCAAAAAGAGCAAACCUGGCGACAAACAUGCAGAGUGGUCCCAGGUCACAGACCCCGAGGAAAGGAGGCGGAUACAGAACCGUAUUGCGCAACGCAAGUUUCGGGGCAAGGUGAAGGAGCAAAAAGAGAGAGCGGAGCGUGAGGCCAAGGACAAGGAGCACGCCGGCAACAGCUACCGCAUCCCCGAGCCAGACGACAUCGACGCAGAGCCAGAGCUGUCGGGGUUGCCCUGGGGUAGCGUCAGCCUGAGUCACAUCGUGGCCCGAGGACACGAGGCUGAGAGUCGAAAGAGUAGCGGCCGGGGGACAUACCUGGAGGACAGCUUUGCCUCAAACAACUAUUCGCCGUCUUUCAGCUCCGAUGUGCGCCAGACGGCGAGUUAUGGUAGCAGCGGAGUGGACGACUCCUAUAGGGGCGAGAAUCAGUACGUUUAUGAUGCUCCGGGUUUCGACCAAGCCUAUUCUAUACUUUCAUGA